AUGGAGCAUGGUCGAUGUCCGUUUAUCAAUAGAAAAUUUCGUUAUUUAUCGAAACAAAUAUUUUAUUUACAGUUAGAUAAACUACUGUCAUGUCAAAAACUGCUCUCGGAGGAAGAUGGAAAUAUCGUCAACGAUGAACAUCUCUUUAUCACUACUCACCAGGUCUAUGAACUUUGGUUCAAACAAAUCAAUUUUGAAAUGGAUAAUAUCAUGGCAUAUUUAAACAAUAAAAUUGUUGAUGAAACAAAAACAUUAAGAAUCGUUAGUGGUCUUGAAAGAAUUGUUCGUAUACUGAAACUUCUUACUGAUCAAAUGCUCAUUCUUGAGACGAUGUCACCGCUGGAUUUCGUUGAAUUUAGAAAAUAUCUCAAGUCAUCGUCGGGCUUCCAAAGUUUUCAAUUCCGUAUUCUUGAGAAUAAACUCGGUAUUGUAUCAGAAGGACGUAUCAACUAUAACUCUCAACACUAUGCAGCUGUUUUCAAGAAUGAACACGAACGAGCGAUGGUUCAACGCUCUGAAGAUGCAACUUCACUGUUGAAUCUUAUUGAGAAAUGGCUUGAACGAACACCAGGAGUCCAAUCAUCCUGUGGCGAACCAGGAUUCUGGAGCACAUAUGUAAACGCUGUGGAGAAGUACUUGGACGAUUUGAAAAUGAAAUCUGAGGUAAACACACGUUUCAGCCUAUAA